AAAGGUGGACAGAAUGGAGGGACAAUGCUUUUCGGUAAAAACGUAUAAAAGGCCCCGGGUCGGUUGCACGGGGCUACAGAGCUCACACCCAGCCCUCCGAAAUGGGAAAGAUCAUCUUCUACGAAGGCCGUAACUUCCAGGGCCGGUCCUACGAGUGCAAUGGCGACUGCAUGGACACUUUCAGGCACUUCAGCUGCUGCAACUCCAUCCGGGUGACCGGGGGUCACUGGGUGGCCUACGAGAAGCCUAAUUACCUGGGGUACCAGUACAUCAUGGGCCGCGGGGAAUAUCCAGACUUCCGCACCUGGAUGGGAUUCAACAACUGCAUUCGCUCUUGCCAGAUGUUCCCUCCUUAUCGAGGCUCAUAUAGGAUGAGGAUCUACAACCGGCCCGACUUCUCCGGUCACAUGAUGGAGCUGAUGGACGACUGCCCCAAUGUCUACGACCGCUUCCGCCACCGUGACAUCUACUCCUGCAACGUAAUGGAAGGGUACUGGAUCUUCUACGAGCACCCCAACUACAGGGGGCGCCAGUACUUUUUGCGGCCGGGCGAGUACCGGACCUGUGGAGAGUGGGGGUGCUUUAACCCCAUGGUGGGGUCCUUCAGGAGGAUGAGGAGUCAUCUGUGAGCCAGUAACCAGGAGUGCUAAUAAAGAGAUCUAAUUUAUAA